AUCUCAUGAAGUUUAGGCAGUUGAGGCGAAGGCAGAGAGGGAGGACACAACGCAGUGAGCGAGAUGAAGACAGCGAUUCUAAUUUUACUUCUUGGGCUGUUAUUGAAUGGUAUAACGAGCCAAACGAGCUUACCGGAAGGAACUUUCGAGUUGGUUUUCCCGACAAAGAGUAACGACAGCUAUGCUACAUCAAACAGCUCGCUGCCUCGGCUCAACACAUUUACUGUCUGCCUGCGCGCACGCACGAUCAGCAGCGGCGCCAAUCUCACUGUCCUGUCCUACGUCGGCGAGCCGGCAGAGGGCGCUCUGUUUGCCGUCUACAUCGCACCAGAAGGCGUCGGAUUUGACAUAGGAGACUCCAACGCAGAAGUGCUAGCGCAGCAAGUACGGGAUGGAGAAUCGCACGACAUCUGCGUGCUCUGGAGCGCGACAGACGGCAUAUGGGUCAUCUACGUCGACGCUGUGCUCGUCGGUAAUGGGUCGGGCAUCGCCGUCGACGAGGACAUCGUCGGCGGCGCCACCGUCGUCGUCGGUCAGCGCGCGGGCGACGGCGAGUCAGCUUUCCGGCCGGACGAAGGCUUCCAGGGCUACCUGCGGGACGUGAACGUCUUUGUCGGGUGGCUGACGGCGGCGCGCGUGCAAGAGGUGCACGACGCCUGCGCUAGCGAGGGAGACGCGCUCGCCUGGGACGACCUCAGGUCGGCGGCCCUCCAGGGUGACGUGUCGCUGGCGGACGUUAUCUGCGAGGCUGCCGUCACGCGGCCACCGGUGAACGCCUACCCGUACUACUACGGCGGCCGCACGGAAGCGACAACAACCAAUGCCACCACGGAGAUACCGACAUACCGCCGCUACGGUUACCAUCGCGACGACAAAACCACCACCACAAGCCGACCUAGGUAUCGUCACAGGACUACAACAACUGAGAGACCAAGCUACCGUCGCUAUAGUUACCGCCACAGGACAACAACAACUGAGAGACCAAGCUACCGUCGCUAUGGUUACCCUCACAGGACAACAACAACUGAGAGACCAAGCUACCGUCGCUAUAGUUACCGCCACAGAACAACAACAACUGAGAGACCAAGCUACCGUCGCUAUGGUUACCGUCACAGGACGACAACAACUGAGAGACCAAGCUACCGUCGCUAUGGAUACCACCACAGCCACAGGACUACAACUGACAGACCGAGCUACCGUCGCUAUGGAUACCACCGCAGCAGCAGGACUACAACUAAAAGACCGAGCUAUCGUCGCUAUGGAUACAGCAGUAAAUCAUCGGCAAAAAGAUCAGGUUACCGUGGUUAGCCACAACUUGGCACACAAACAGAUCAAACUAUUACAUCAAUAAAUAAGACAAUUACACGAGUAACAAUGAAUUACCUAACAAAUGUACAGCUACACCCCAAACUAACAACAGUAGGCACUGAGAAAUAUGCACAGGUUGCAUAGACAAUAGCUGAUAUUGAAACAAAGUUAAAUUACACCAGAAAGUUCGAGUGUUGAAAUAGAAUAGUCCCAGACACAUAAACAGUAAUUAUCAUAUUUAAGGUGACAUCUACAAAAAAGUGAUAUGGCACGAUUCAACUGUAAUUACACUAUUGUAGUCAAUGUAAUGUGUUAAUUAAAUUUAAAGUUUUUGCACUUUGUGUCGAUAAAGUACUUCGUUGGUUACACUUAAAAAAGCAAAUGCUAUUAAACUGAACAGGAAAAUGUUACCUAUCCCGUUACAAAUUGCAGUUUCGCUUAUGUGGUAGACAAUAAUGUAUUUUAUUAAAUAAUAAAUAUUUACUUUGUUCUCAUACGCAUAAAA